UCAGAUAUAGCAACACUUUGAUUGAAAUCAGCGUGUGCGCCACACGGAGUUUGCCAUUAUCAUUUGUAGAAGUACUAUCCUGCUUUUUUUUAUCUAAAUACCGUAUUUAGAAACCUAUAAACGUCAUUUUAACAUUUUUUUUAAGUAAACGAAAAUAUUGAGAUUAUUUUUAAUUCACGACUCUGUCACCGUCAUGAGGCUAUGAAAUAGAUAAAAAUAUAAACUGAAAAAUUAAACCCUAAAAAGUUUUAGAAUUGCAGCCAAACUUUUGUUCCGAAUAGCAAUUUUUAAAAUAACCUAAAUAUUAUUUUCUUUGCCCUUAGUCACGAUGCGCCUACUCUUACCAGCCAUCUUGUUUGUGUCCGCCAUCUUGUCGUGUGCGACGCAGGCACAGUACCCGCGCCCACGUCGCCCCGAACGCUUCGAUACAGCUGAGCAGAUCUCCAACUAUUUGAAGGAGUUACAAGAAUACUACUCGGUACAUGGCCGAGGAAGGUAUGGAAAGAGGCAAAUGCAUAUAGCCGAUGCAUCAGUAAUCUUCAGAGAAACGCCUUUCAUAGACCACACUAUAAACGAAGAAGCGCUCUUUAAAAAUCUUGGAUAUAAGUAAAAAUACAAAUUGAAAAAAGAACGUAUAACGCAAAAUCGGAAAAUAACCUAAAAUUUUCCUAUUAAACUAACUUACUUAAUAUUUAUUGAAAGCUCAAACUAUUUUAUACUUAGUAAAGAAAUGGCAGCAAUUAGCAACAAUAUGGAUUAUUAAAUCUUUACAAAUAUCUCAUGAUAUGCAAUCAUAUUACACAAAAGCUUUCUUUUGUACACACGGCAACACUUCAAGUUAC